CUCUGAAUUAUCUCUCAAAACUUCUCAAAAAAUGUCUGGCCGUGGAAAGGGUGGCAAGGGAUUAGGCAAGGGUGGAGCAAAACGUCAUCGCAAAGUGCUUCGUGACAACAUCCAAGGAAUCACCAAGCCUGCUAUUAGGAGGUUGGCGAGAAGAGGUGGAGUGAAGAGAAUCAGUGGGUUGAUAUAUGAAGAGACAAGAGGUGUUCUUAAGAUCUUUUUGGAGAAUGUGAUUCGUGAUUCUGUUACUUACACUGAGCAUGCUAGGAGGAAGACUGUUACUGCUAUGGAUGUUGUUUAUGCUUUGAAGAGACAAGGAAGGACUCUCUAUGGUUUCGGUGGUUAAGACUUUAGAUUUCUGUUAUUGG